AUGCCUUUUGUUACAACUGACAAGGACAACUUUACUUAUAUUUGGAAAAUUGAAAACUUUAGUUCGUGGGUUCAAAAGCGUGGUGAAAGGGUAAAGAGCCCCUGGUUUACGGCAGAUACAUUGGACGAAACAAAAUGGCGCUUGGAUCUUUACCCUAGAGGAAUUGACAAUGGAAACGAAAUUUGUAUUUCUUGCUACUUGUGCCGGGCAGAAAUGGAUAGCGGCGAUGAAAAUGUAACCAUUGGCUACGAGUUUGAAAUCCUUGGCGUAGAUGGCACGACUCUAUUAUCGAAAAAAGUUGAAAGUUUUACUUUUAAAAGAAAAGAAUCAUUAGGUUGGCCUGAUUUUAAAAGUCUAAAUGAAAUAUUUAGAGAUAAAACCGUCUUCUUGCCAAAAGACACUUUAACUGUUCGAUGUAUCAUGUGGGGUUUAUUUCCACACAACGUCAAGGCAACCAGGACAUCUGCUUUGACCGAAAUCGGUGUUGGUGGUUGCUUUUUCAAAUAUAGUAUAAAGUUAUCAACAUUGGAAACUCCGGUGCAUUAUUUUGUGCCAGGUCCUUGGCGGAUUGAGUUGACGUUUUACCUUUCCGAAGAUGAAAACGUGUGCGUCAAAAUCAGAAAAUUUGGCGAAGUCACCUUCAGAUACGUUCUUCAGUGCAAAGUGGCCUUGCUAGAUGUCGAAGGAAUUGCACACGAAAUCAGACAAUCGGAACACAUCAUCGAACCCAAACAGGAAGUGAAAAUAUGGGAAUUUCCACCUUUUAUCAAGAAAAACAAACUUCUGGCCAACAAAAAUUUACUGCUUAGCGACGAUGUGAUUAGUUUCAACUGUGACUUUUCAAUAUCUGACAGAAGUGAUGUAGUUGAAUUUGAAGAAAUUAUCCCGAUGCCACAAAUUAAUAGCAAUGCGUCAUCGCAAAACAUCUCAAGCAUCGACAAUUUGAGAANACAUUCAUAUGUAAUUGUAUGUUCUUCCUUUAUAAAAUCAAAAAUGUGUCGCAAUACGGUUUGCGAUAUCAUUGUGCUUACGGAUGAAUAUCAAGACGAUGAUUUGAAAUCAAAAGCUCUCGAUUACAUGAAAGAACAUACGAAUGAUAUUCUCUUAUCAGGUGAAUGGAAACGGUUGAUAGAAAACAAUGCUAAAUUAGCUACUGAAAUUUUGUGUAAAUUAUCUAUCAGGAUUGGAAAAGCGUGA